UGCGAGGCCCGGUGUAGCUCCGGUGCGGGGCAAGCGCCGGGCGCCCCUCCCCCAGCCUCCGUCUCCCCAGCAACAGUAGCCUCGGUCUGGGGCUCAGCCCCUCCCCCGCCCCGCCCCAGCUGCGGCUGCGAAGCGUCUGGAACCGCAUCCCUGCCGGGAGACCGCAUCCCGCCGCAGCAGCCCGUCGGAGCCACCCGUGAGCCAUCUCCACACUUCUCCCUGUGGAGCGAAGAGGGGGCGGGGGGCGUGCGCAGGUGACCAGGACAAGGACCACCUCCCACCAUGGUGAAGCUGGGCUGGAGCUUCUCCGGCAAGCUGGGCAAAGACCUUGGGGCCCAGGACGGGGCUGCCAUGGACAGUGUCCCUCUGAUCAGCCCCCUGGACGUCAGCCAGCUCCAGCCGUCGUUCCCUGACCAGGUGGUCAUCAAGACCCAGACAGAGUACGGACUGCCCUCCACAGGCCAGCUGAAGAAGUUCCCGGACCUGGAGGCCCAGAAGUUGGCUGGCACCAACUCAGAGGAAAGACACGGGAUGCCCGCAGCGCGGAUGAUCGCCUUUGCCAUGGCGCUGCUGGGCUGCGUCCUGAUCAUGUACAAGGCCAUCUGGUACGACCAGCUCGCCUGCCCCGAUGGCUUCCUGCUGCGGCACAGGAUGUGCACCCCGCUGACCCUGGAGAUGUACUACUCGGAGCUGGACCCCGAGCGCCACCGCCGCAUCAUGGCCGCCCUGGGCGCCUACCAGCCCAGCGGAAAGCCGGGCGCCGAGCUGCCCGCGCCCUGGAGGCCCAGCCGCCGCGCGGGCAAGGAGGCACCCAAGGAGGCUCCGAAGGAGGCGCCCAAGGCGGCCGCCCAGGCGGGCACAGCCACGGCCACCGUGCCCCCCGGGAAGCCCGCCACGGGUGGAGAGAAGGACCCCGCGGUGCCGCCGGAGGGGAGCGCGCCACCCCCCGCCCCCGCCCCGCAGUGAUGGCCCGCGCGCAGCCCGGCAGCGCCCCGACCGCGGCACCUGUGACCGCCCCUCUGACGCCGCCCCGCCUCGUGGUCGUGCCCCGUCCCCUGGACCCCGCUGACGCCCGCCGCCCGGCGCCCCACGCUCUGUCGCUUUUCUCUGAGUAAAGAUUCACAUCCACGCCCACCUGACCUCCGUUUCUCCUGAGCAUGCUUGUCCCGCCGACCUCUCCCUGCACUCCCGCCCCACCUGGGUGACCCCGCCUCAACUCCCCACUGCCGAGGGACCCCUGGACUCCGGGGGCGGGGCCGUGAGCUGGGUCCUGGGCACCCGGUUCACGCAGGCAGGCAGAGAGCGGCCCUGCGCGUCUGCCUCGGGCCGGAGCCACCGCGUCCAGGGCCUGUGGCUUCUAGCGGCUACAGUGCAGUCACCUCGCCUGCACCCACGGGAGCCCGGGGUCUGCCCUGGCACCAGGCAGCACCCACAGCUUCCUGCCCCCAACCGUUCCCCCAGACUGGAGGGGCACAUGGGGCCUGUCAGAGGGGUGGGGGUGAGGCCAUUGCUGGGGUUUGGGAGGGCCAGGCGGCCCCAUCACACCCCCCUCCCCUGGCCUUGGAGGGGAGGUGAGGGUCUGAGGGGCCACCGACCCCAGAGCUAUCAAAUGUUCUCGCCCAUCCUGGCGGCUCGCAUCCGGCAGCUCCGGAAACAGCCCCCUUCGUGGCAGCCCCCACCCCCCUCUGCUUCUGGCCGUGGGGCUCCCUGGGUAUGCCCCAGCCUGGGCAGGCCAGACCUGUGUCCCCCUCACCCCCAGCACCUGUCCUCCUCUUGUGGCUUUGAUGCUGGGCCCAGGUCCUCCACCUGGUGGGAGGUGAGCACAGGCCUCACGACUGGGCGCAGGCUGGAGGUGGGGGUGACAGAGCCUGGGGAGCUCUCGCAGCCAGAGGAGCCAGCUGCUGUGCCCAAGGGCACAGGUGUGCACAGCACGCAGGGGUCAGGGUUCUGGGGGAACCCCCCCACCCCCAGCAUGGAACCCCGUGACAUGGAUGAGAGCCCGGAACAGUCUCAGUGGGUGUUCGGGGACCCAUCUAGAGCCAGUGUCAGUGAGUCUGACCCGGAGCUGGGCACUGGGGCCAGGCAGUUCCCGGGGUCCUGGCAGGGGGACAACCUCCAGGCCUGGGUGGCAAGCUGGGGGGUGCAGGCAGCACAGGACCAGGGAGCGGUGCCCAGGAGGUGGAAGUGUGAGGGAAA